AUGUCAGAAACAACCACUUUAAAUCCUGAGACUGCAGCUGAGGCUCUAGUUGCUGGCCUUUUGCUUCAGGAUCUGAACAUUCUCGUUAACAGGCAGAAGAUUGCCACAUCAUCACUUACAAGUAAGCCAGGCUUUGUACAAAGCCUUCCAUCUGACUUCAGUGAUGUGCAGCCCCGAACUUAUGACCCUAACUAUAUUUCUAACAUCAGCAACCAAAUGCAAAUACCUGAUCGCCUGCAGGUAGAUGGUUCGACUGAGGCUCGUCCAAAAUCCCCAGUACGUCACCAGGAGAUGCUCACCAAUAUGACAAUUCCUGACAGGCUUGUCUUUGUAGGAGAGGACAGACAUGUUGGUUUAAAAUCAAGUAUGCGUCAAUUUGAUUUUGAUGACAUACCUCAACCAGAAAUGUCUUAUGUUGGAAUGCUCACCCCACCACGCACACUCACAUUAGAAGAACAAUUCCCUAUCUUAGAAGAUACUACAGAACCUGAGCAUAAGCAACCGACAAUGACAGUGCUUAAAAAUGGGGUGAGUGCUCCUGUAUACACUCCCGGUACAUCUCCUAGUGACACGCUGCUAUUGAACGAAGAGGAUGAAGCGACAUUACUGCGUACACACCUAGCUAAAUUGACUCGUCGUGUAGUUAUUUCCCUCAUAGUUCCCACCAUCCGUGAACUGGGCAGCUUUUUUUCUCUCUCUCCUUCCAAGAUUCACUGCAAUCAUUUUUCAUAUAGGAAUGACUAA